AUGACUGGAUAUUUUCGACAGCACAAUCGUGGGUGCCGAAGUGGAGGUAACUUGAAGAGAAGGAGGAAGAAGCGAGGUCAGCGCCGCAGGCGUCAUGGAGAUGAGCGCCUGGACACCGCGUCUGCUUUAUCCGGGAGCCUUCUUGUUUCCCAAAGUCUAGCCCAGAACGCCGCCUUCUUGGAGCGGCCCGUAGAAAGGCGACGAAAAACCUUUAAGACCCGACGUCGUCUUGACCCAACAGCGUCCCUGCGGAGGAAGAGAAAGAAAGCAAAAAAGCAUCCUCUGAGAUGUCGUCAGCGACGAAGAAAGCGACGCGUCAAACAGAAGAUAGUACUACUGGCCUGGGACGGGGAGCAGCCCCACGAGGACUUGAAGCAAUGGUGCCACACCCAGAAAAGCGAACUCAAGACUGCCAAGCCCAGGGCAGUGGAGGGACAAGCAUGGGGAAACUUCAGGCCUGAAUACCAUAACAGUUGGGGUCGAGGGUCUAUCAUCUGGAAGCUUCCUUCAAAAGCAUUUUUUAGUUAUCCCUCUCCAAGAAUUGAAAAGCUGUCAGAACCGAAACGAUAUAAAGAAGAAUACCUACAAAAAAGGCCAUACAGUUCCCCAACUUGGCACGUGAAAGACGCUUCACACAUCCCGGAGGCUUCCAAUCGGGUAGUUCAACUCGCUGUGGCUAAACCUACACAUCCAGAGUAUGAGGGUCCCAAACAGGUUGAAACAAAGAUUCCAGCUACUGCUCUGAAUACACAUCCCUCAACAAGAGUGAUCUCUCUUUCUGAACCAAAGAUCAAAAUAGAAACAUUAUAUUUUGAAAGAAGAACAAAUGAUUUGCCAAUUCGCCCUGUAUCCGAUGCUGCCAUGGCAGCCCAGCCAAGUUCUCGUACACAACUUCUAGCCAGAGCCAAAACUGUAAAUGAACAGUAUCUUCCAGUGCGUCCAGUUCAGCAGCCAAUACGGCGGUCUGCCCUAAAAUAUGUCCCAUCACCAAGGAUUGAAGAACUAUCUGUUCCUAGUGCAAGAACACCUUUGACCACCAAUGGCAUUAAUCUAGACGCUUUUAAAGUCAAGGAAGCCGCAAAAGUAGCAAUAUGUUCUCCAAGAAUAGUAAAAUUGGCUGAGCCUGUUAAACGUUGA